AUGGCCGUCGGGACCGAAAAGAAGACAGCGAUGCAGAUUGGCGAUGUCAUUGUGGCGUUUGCGCUGCAGGGCGAAUUUCCCGACGAGGGCGUGUCGUCCCUCUCGCUUGCCGAAGGCGACCUGUCCCCAGCCAUCGAGGCUUUGGCGAGGGCCAAGAGCCAACUCGAGUCUGAGAUACACACCAUCAACGAGGAAACAAAAGGCGACGUGAGCUCGUGGGUCCGAAACGCGAAGACGCUGCAGGAAGACAUUCUCCGGUCAAAACGACUAGCAGAUGACAUUGUCCGACAAUCAGAGGCUCCCGACGUUUCUGGCAAGACGAUACAGGAUGCAGUCGACCAUGUCGAUUUUUUGCGGAGGGAGGUUCAAUACAGCCAGCAGCUGCACGAGGCGUUGACGGGCAUUCGAUACGUCAAUGACCUGCUGGCCGAAGUGGAACAAGCAAUGAACGAGCGUCGCAUCCUGGACGCUCUGAGGUUACUUGAAAAGUCCUGGACCGAGCUUGACAAUGUGCCUGUCAACAAGAAGAGCUGCAGAGUGAUGCGCCUUCUCGAUGUGCGCGCAUUUGAGCUCAAGUCUGCUGUACACAAAGUGUUCGACCAUGUCUGGAACACAUUGGUGCAUGUUGACAGCGAGACCAAGCGAUUGUCCAUUUACAGCCAACGAGAGACUGAGCAGAUGACGCUGAGUGAGGCCGUCGUUGGUCUGGAAGCCUACAAGGAGGUUGAUGACCGAAUGUCCCAGCUUUGGCAGGACAUCGACCGGGCGAUCGUCUCGCCUCGAAUGGAUGUUAGGGCACCGCAGCUGUUGGCAAUUCAGGCAAGCGAGAACGUCCUCGAGGCGCAAGGCGAGGCUGGACGAACGAUUGAUGAUCUUUUUGCCGACCUUCAAAAAGUCGUCGAAUUCCUAGCCAAACGAUUGCCACCAGACCUGUUGAUUUAUCUAAGUCCUAUUAUGAUGAGCGAUGUCGUCCCACGGCUGGUUAGCACGUGGCUGGACGCGGCAGUUCCCUCUUCAUUGCGGGAUAUUGGGCAAUUCCAGGCCGUCAUCAGAUCCGCGAGCGCGUUCUGCUCCGCGCUGGAGCAGAACGGGUUUUCAGGCUUUACAGAACUCAAGGAAUGGGUUGGCAAUGCUCCAUCGAUCUGGCUUGCUAAAUGCAGGGAAACGGCUUUGGAUGCUGUACGCAACAGGAUAUCAGAGGGCUUGGGCGAGACGCGGCAGGUUGAAAAGGUGGAGAAGCAAAUGGUAUCACGGUCGGAGGGCAAGGAGCUCGCGGCCAAUGGAGUUGCUGCGCAAGCCGACGACGAUGACUGGGGCGCAGCGUGGGGUGAGGAAGAUGCUGGCCAGCCCGAACCCGAGCCCGAGCCCGAGUCCCACGGGUCACUGGAGCAGUCCGAGGCCAAGCAUGACGCCCCGCCGGAAGACGACGGCGCGGACGCAUGGGGAUGGGACGACGAUGGCCAGACAGCAGGUGCCGGGGGCGAUGGCGAGGAAGCGAAGAAGGGCCAGGAAGAUGACGAUGACACAGCAGCAGCAUGGGGUUGGGGAGACGAUGAUGGCGAUGCAGCAGCUGCAUCAACAUUCGUGCCGGCGCCAGCGCCAGCGCCGGCACGAGCACCAGCACCAGCAGCCGUCAGGCGGGCCAAAUCGACCUCGACGGCCGAAGAAAGUCGGGAAAUGGUGCUUAAGGAGACGUACCACAUCUCGUCCAUGCCGGAUCCUGUCCUGGAACUUAUCCUCUCUCUUCUGGAAGACGGCGCGACGCUGACGCAAGCUAGCAAUGAGAACAACCCAGUGGUUGCGGCAGCGCCGGGGCUUUUCAGUCUGCCGACACUGGCGCUGGCGAUGUUCCGGGCCGUUUCGCCACACUACUACGCUAUGGAAUUGGGCGGCAACAUGCUGCUGUACAACGACGCCAUGUAUCUGGCGGAGAGGUUAAGUGAGGUGGGCGAGAGGUGGAAGGCACGGGACGAUGUAACGCCGCGGGCACGCAACAUGCUGCGGAUCGACAACGACGUCAAGGGCCUGCAGGGGUUCGCGAACAGGGCGUACACGGGGGAGCUCAGCACGCAGAAGACGGUGCUCGGCGACCUCGUGGGCGGCGAGCAGAGCCUCAUGCAGCAGGACGAGAUGGACAGCUGCAUCGACUCGGCCAUGGCGCGGGUGCGGUCGAUGGCGGUGACGUGGGAGUCGAUCCUCGCGCGGUCGGUGUGGUACCAGGCGGUGGGCGCGCUCGUCGACAGGCUGGCGACCAAGAUUAUAUCGGACGUCAUGGACAUGGCGUCGGUGGGCCAGGACGAGGCGUACAAGAUUGCCCAGCUCAUUGCCAAGGUGACGGAGCUCGACGACCUCUUCCUGCCGUCGCGGUCAUGGUCGUCGGCGGCGACGGCGGGGGGCCGCGCGCCGACGGCGGCGGAUGCGGAGGAGAUUCCAGCGACGGCGCAGUAUGCGUCUUCGUGGCUGCGGCUGAAGUACCUCAGCGAGGUGCUCCAGUCGAACCUCAACGAGGUCAAGUAUCUGUGGUGCGACAGCGAGCUGAGCCUAUACUUUUCGGCGGACGAGGUGGUGGAUCUCAUCGAGGCCAGUUUCGAAGCGAACGCGCGAACGAAGGAGACGAUCCGGGAGAUUCGGGAGCGGCCUCAGCCAGUGCUGGCCUGA